UUCGCCCACACUAGAACUAGGGUAUGUCGGCCACAUAGUAAAACUGCUCACCUCCGGAGGGACUGCGCUUCAUAACAAGACUGCAAGAGUUCGAACGCCUUUCUAGUACACGACUCGGGUUCCUUCUCCUGUUGGCAAAAGUCUCUACUGGUCCAAAUUCAGUACUACGAAAAUGGCUAAUGCAGUCUCUGGGAUAGCUGUACAUGAUGAUUGCAAGUCGAAGUUUUUGGAGUUAAAAGCAAAAAGAACUCACCGUUUCAUUGUGUUCAAGAUUGGGGAGGUUAUUGUUGAAAAGGCUGUUGAGCCAGAAACUAAAAACAAGAGUGAUGAACAGGUCUGUGUUGAGAAAGUUGGUUGCAAAAGCAAGAGUGAGGAGGAGGAGCCCGAGGCCAUGGUUGAAAAGGUUUGUGAGCCAGCAAAAAGUAAGAAUGAGGAGAAGAAGCCCCAGGUCAUUGUUGAAAGGCUUGGUGAGCCGAAUGAAAGCUAUGAUGAGUUCUCAGCCAGCCUCCCUCCUGAUGAAUGCCGAUAUGCGGUUUAUGAUUUUGAUUUUGUGACAGAAGAGUGUUGUAAGAAAAGCAAGAUUUUCUUCAUAGCAUGGUCUCCUGAAACAGCAAGGGUUAGGAACAAGAUGAUAUAUGCAAGCUCCAAAGACAGAUUCAAGAGGGAGUUAGACGGAAUUCAGGUGGAACUUCAAGCAACUGAUCCAACUGAAAUGGGAAUUGAUGUUUUAAAAAGUCGUGCUUACUAGAUGUUGCUGAUCCAUACAUAGACAUUGUAAGGGAGAGAUAGCUUAUUGGAGCCUUCUUUACUUGGUCCAAAUGUUUUAUGGUUUGUUUAACAGAAAUUUGGGUGAUAAUAUUGAUUGUCAAGGGAUGCCAUAUGAAUAUCCUCCCUCUAUUUAUUUUGAUGAACAAAUACGCGGUUUGUGGUAUAUGAGUUGGUUUAUUACCUCGGAUUUUGAUUUGGUGUGAGAAAUGGUAAUGUAUGUUGUUAUCUCGAUAGUCAUUGCUGCCG